AUGAGCCUGCCGAUGCAGCACACCCUCUCGGGAUUUUCCCCACACAACUCCGCAUCGAAACCGCCGCUCUACUGCCCGUUUCAGUCACCGAAGCCUCUUGCAGUUGGCGUCAAUCGAUUGAAAAAAAUCAGGUGCGGGAUUCAAAGCGUUCUCCGUGGGGUGUGGAGUUUGCUCCGAUGUCUCUUCAUUAUGCUUGCCGGCAAACUCUACACCCCACCGGGAACGCUUUGA